GUACCACCUUUGAUGGAGAUCCUGUUUUUUAUGAAAAAAUCCCAGAGAAUCCUUUUGUUUUUUGGAGAUCGUGCGCUAUUUGCAGGAGUGAAUUGUCUCUUGUCAUUCGAAGGUCCCAAACAACUGCAAUCGUAUAACUAUGGAAAGGUGGUACAACCUUUUGAAGGGUCAAUACUGGUUGGACAGGCGCGGGAGAGACGUACUAAACAAUGCUAUCAUGAUAUGAAAGUUGAACUCGAGGGGUGUAUUCAAGCAGUGUUUAGAAACGGUAGGAUUUUUAGAACAAUAGGAUAUUUCAGGAUGCUUUGCGCAUUUUUAUCGACAACAAAAAGUUUUUGCCAAUGAUCUUUUGGCUAAGUAGCCAAACAAUCAUUCAACUUUCUGAAACCAUGGAUCAUUUUGUGAAAUUAUCGUGAGUCGUUUCUGCUCUGAUAUCAAGCAACACGUGGAAUAAUCACGACAUUGUUUGAUAAUUUAUUCCCUGCAAUGUCUUACGUUUAAGGAGCCUUUGUUCUAUUAAUUUCACCUUACCGCUCUCAUUAUUUCCAAGCGUGUUCUAUACUUGAACCAAGAACAAGGCUUGCAUCAUUAGGCAUUGUUUAUUACGAUUGGAUUAGUGAAAAGGGAAUUAUUACAAACAAGGGCGCUGUGAUUUGCAGCCAAUCUGACAAAAGACCACGAUAUCCUUAAAAGACCACCGAGAUGCUGUCAAACUUCAAUUUUUGCCAUUCUGAAAAUUUUUGAAAAAUUUGAUUGUUCUAGGGUGUUCUCUUCGAAGAGAAUUAGCGAAUUAUAAAUUCUUAACGUCCAAAAAUAGCUGCUAAUUUAAUUUUCACAGGGAAUGAGUUUAUAAUGGAUGACGUCUUCAUAAUCUUCUUUUAUAAUUUUGACCAAAUAGCCACCAAAUAUAGGUUGCACAAGUUUGGCUGAGUGUUCUUUCAGAUUAUAUGGUGAGAAACUUUGAAGCGCUAAGCCACAGAAAAGCGGCUAAAUCAAUGUUUUUUUGUGUGGUAACACUAUUGCAUGGAUGGUCUAGGAAUAAAUAAUGGUUGGUUAUAGUUAUAGAUUGUUAUAGAUAACUCCUUCAAACUUUUUGUUUACCAACCCAAACAUAAAUUAAUAUGAAUUUUUCAAAACAGCUCUCCAGCACGUAGUAGAGCCAAGUAAAAAUGAAAAGAGACUAUAUGCUGGUUUCCACAUGCGUUUCCAUAACCAAUUUAAAUUAAAUCUUUAUGACGAAAAAGAUUUGGGAAGGAACUGCACCGCGUACCCGGAUGGCGAAAGGAUGCAUUUCCCUGCCGCUGUUUCUUGUGCGUGCGCACCACCACUUAGUAAAUGAGUAGUUUUCCGUCAAAUUGGUAUUGUUUACAUGGACAAAAGGACCACGAUAAUAAAGGACUUUUUGUUUCGAUGUCUAUGAAAAGACUAUAAAUGCACACGAGAGCGAUGUUGGGUUUCAAGAAAGAAUGUUUACGGUAUGAUGUGUACAGGCCUAAAUCUGGAGAGCCAAAAAGCAGAUAUUGAGACGGCCAGUAAAUACACGAGUUAAUCAUCUUCCAGGUUUGGCAAUUGUAAGUGGAAGGUGUCUUAAACGAAAGUAAAUUGCACAAAUUUCAUCAAGACUUGUUUUCCGCGUUUUAUUUUUGAAUUGUUUUGCGUGUGUGGAAUUCAAUUCAAAGCUACUCCCAGGCAUGCAAGAAAUUAUGCUACUUGACGAGGAAAGCGACCAAUUACAAUAUGACCUCCCGGAGUUUGGCAAGAGGAAAGUGAAGCAAACAAAUUCUGUAAUGUCUACGUCGAGCAUUGACUCUGGAGUAGGACUAUCAUUAAAAACAUCGCACUCCUCGGUGUCUUCGCUGAUUGGCGAUGUUGACACUAGUGGUUGCACCAUACCCGAAGUUCCUUGGGAAGUGGUCCGUGCAGAUCUAGUGAUCAAAGUUGGCAACACUCUGUUCCCGGUCCAUCGCUCGCUGGUCUCUCUUCAUUCGGAUAUUCUAAAAAACAUUAUUUUCAGCCUCAACUUCUCUGAUGAAGACACGCCAGUAAUAACGAUCAUGGAACUGUCUGCAUCAAGAAUCAUGCAUCUGUUAACGCAUAGUUAUUUCCCGGACAAGAAAGUUAAUGAUGAUAACGUGCUUCAGUUGUUAUCAAUUGCUGAUGAGUUUGUUGCUGAGAAACUUACGCGGAAAUGUGAAGGCUAUCUCAUGACAAAAUCAAAGAAGACUCCAUUCGAGCUGCUGAAAAUCGCUUGCAAAUAUCGACUCAAAAAUUUAAUCGAGAUGAGUUUGGUUGAAGCCAGUAGACUGCCAAGAUUGUUACAAAAGAUGGACAAAGAGAAUCUCGGAUUAGAAAUCGAGAACCGGAUUCUUAGGUUGAUGUUGGAACGUUAUGAGUCGUCCCACCAAUGUGCUGAUCAUCCUGAAAACCAGGUGGAUUGCUGUUUUUCCAGGACUAGGAAACUGUUUUCGAAAUAUAAUUCAGCUGGUGCAGAAAGCGAUACGAGUGACGAUGACUCACAGUGCGAUUACGAUGAUAUAGAUGUUUGGAAAACCAGUUAAGAUCGCAUGCAAAAAAUUAUUUGAGCCGCGUUGGUCAGUUUAUAAUUUACAAACAACUUUCCAUGGUAUUUCUGCAGUUGACCCGAGAAGUGAAUGGUUGUAGAUUAUGCUAAGUGUUAGAAUAUUUUAUUUAAGAAUUAAAACUUUGAAAUAGGAUAGUGCCUUACUGCCUUCAAAAUCUAAGAAGGAAGCUCAAGUUGUACUCUACUUUCUGCUUGAGAAACUUUAGCCUAAUCAUUUAGGUUUUAUAUGAAUAUCUAGUGAUAUUAAUAUAUUAUUAGAUAAUAUGGAUAAUAUGAAUAUCUAAUAUACUAUAAUAAUGCACGGUAUGAAUUUCUAUUGACAUGAAGACUUGGAAGCUUUCCAGAUGAUGUAAAAACGCAACACAUUAAUUAUCGUUCAUUGUUGAUUCGAUCACUCAGUUCCAUAAUAAAAGCUUUUGUAAACAGCUAGAGAGUCAUACAUAAUAUCAAAAUAAAAUUACUUUACGUACUACUUUUAGAUUAGACUCGGCUUUUAUAAAAUGCUUUGCGUAAUUAUUAUGGAGCUGGAUGCGAAUAGAAUUUGUACAGUUUUGUUAUAAAAUUUCACAAGGCUUAUAUGAAAUAAGCUCAGAUGCUAUCUGCAAA